UAAAGGAGUGUUGGUAUGACGUGGUUUCUGUUCGUGGUUUGUUCCGUACUCUAUCAGCUGUCUUCCACCAACCCAAUACUCAACUUCAAGGAGAGGGCAGUGGGUUCCUGUGUUGAUCAGAACCACGAUGAGAUGGACUACGAGUGUCUACAGCACAUGUGGGAUUUCUACCACUUAGAAAGGGCUGGGGACGGGUGGAAGGAGUGUGACACUUACAGCUCAGCUUUCAACACCAAUAAAUAUCCUGCAAGUCAGAAGUGCCUAGUUUACCGAAGUAAAUGCAACGACAUUGACAACGAUAAACCUUGCUGCAAAUCAGUACACUGCCAUCUGUGGCUUAUGGGACGAACACCUGCUGCCUAAUAUUCUUAAUGAUCACGUGAUGCCCAUAUAAGGAAAUUCAUAAUCACGUGAUGCCCAAAUAAGGAUUGUCUGGUUGUAAAAACGGACAUUGCCUCUUCGACAGAUACUUUUGGUUUCAAAUCUAGUUUUUCAAUGUAAUACGCGAUCUACGAUCAAGUGUUUCAAAUAAAUUAGUUGUGUUAGCAGUUUUUUCCCCUGUUUUUAAAUUUUUGAUAACAUUUGUGAAAUAAAUUUUGGGAUAAAUUUCAAUAAAUCGUUGUCAUUGUUAUGCUUUUACGGAUUGAUCUAUGGUAAUUUUUGACGUUUUAUCAUUAUCAUCAC